UAAAUAGGUGCCAAUAUGCCAUAUGGUCAAUGUAAAUCACGUCUUACUGUACUAUUUAAAGUUUUAUAUGUUAAAAUAAAUAUAGAUCCAAGAAGUAUGACACUUGCAUUGAACAAUUUUGAAGCAUUAAGUUUAGCCAAUCAGGGUUUUUCGUUGUCACUUUAUUCUAAAUUAAGCCAACAAGAUGGAAAUAUAUUCUAUUCUCCAAUAAGUAUACAUAUCAUCUUGUUCAUGGCUAGUAUUGGAGCAGCAGCACAAACAUUUGAUGAAAUUUUGAAUACUCUACAUUUAACUAAGGAAACCAAUUUUUCGGAAAUAUAUAAAGAAUUAUUAAAUAGUUUAAAAAAAGAAAACAGUACACUAAACUUAGCCACUGGGAUGUUUGUUGAAAAUUCUUACACGAUAAAGCAAAGUUAUUUAGAAAAGACAAAUGAAUACUUAAACUCUACAAUUGAAAAACUCGAUUUUAAAUCUAAUCCAGAAGUUCAACUUGUUUAUUUAAAUAACUGGGUUGAAAGCAAAACAAAUGGUAAAAUCAAGGAUUUAUUCUCAAAAGACUCUAUAAAUGAAAAUACAGCUUUAGUGUUGGCCAAUGCUGUGCAUUUUAAAUGUGAUUGGUUACAUAAAUUUAAUGUUGCAAUAGACGAACCAUUUUAUGCGACACCUACAACUAAAGUUAAUGUUAAAAUGAUGAGCCUCACUAAAGAUUUACUUUAUUAUCAUGAUGACCAAUUGAUGUAUUCAGCAUUAGAGUUGCCAUAUAAAAAUCAUAAUUUUAAAAUGAUAAUUUUAUUGCCUGAUGCAAAUGGUGGUUUAAAUGAUUUGGAAAAAAAUCUUUCUAAAAUAAAACUAAACGAGCUUACAGAAAAAAUGUCCAAGUAUAAAGUAAAUGUCAAAUUACCACGAUUUAAACUCGAACAAUCAUUUGACCUUCAAGAUGUAUUGGUAGAACUUGGUUGUCUAUCAAUGUUCUCACCAACGGAGGCAAACUUUUCUGAAAUAUAUGAUCGGUCUGAAAGACCUUUGUACAUUAGCAAAGUUGUUCACAAAGCUUUUGUUGAAGUAAAUGAAGAAGGGACAGAAGCUGCAGCUGCUACAGAUGGAUUAAUUAGCUUAUCACGUUCAUAAAGAGAGGAGCCACGUCGCGGCCGCCACUCGACCGCUCUCGGAGCGGUCAGAGUCGCGGGGCUAUAGACGGCAGACGCCCGCGAUCGUCAGAGGAAUCGGUCAUAUAGUAGUAACAUGUACAAUGUAGGAUGUACAAUGACGUUGAGAUAAGGGAAGCAUAAAAUUUUUGAGUCAUAGAAUAGAUAUUUGGAGAAAAAAAAAUUAGAGAAAAUAAGUGAAUACAAUAACUACAAUUAUUUAUAUAGAUUAUAGAGCAGCGGUUCCCAGCCUGGGGGUAAUUACCCCCCAAGGGGUAAAACACGAUUUUUUGAGUGGUAAAGACUCAACUAUUUAUUUUUAUUUUAUGUACUUUAUAUUUAUUAUUAUUAACUCUGCAUCAGUCAUAUACAUGUCAUAUACCUUCAAAAAAUAUUUUUUUUACUUUUUAUUGGGAGGGAGGGGUAUUUAUUAGUAUCUAACCAGAUUUAUGGGUAAUAGUCUCAAAAAGGUUGGGAAUCGCUGUUAUAGAGUGAUGAUAUUAUAUACCUAUCAAAUUAUUUUAAAUAAAUAUAUCUCUACACCUAGGAAUGGCCUAGAAACAUAACUACUUAUAUUUUAUAAUUUAUUCUUCCAAACUCAAUGUUUCUUUAUCAUUAAUAUUAUUAUCAAAUGAUAAUAUUGAUAUGAUUUUUAAUUUUACUGUUUACCUUUAAUAAUAAUGUAAUACUAUAGUCUAUAUUUUAUUACCUAACAUUGUUAGCAAUCGACUAUAAACUAUAUUAUUAACUAUUUUAUAUAGUUCACGGUGUUAUUUUACAAAUUAUCAGCUCUAUGUAUACAUUAUAUAGUUCUAAUAUAUUAUUGUUGAAUAAUUUAAGAUUUUGGAUUUAACCUCAUAGUUAAAAACGUUAAGUCAAUAGCUACAAAAAAUGGUG